GACAGCAUCCCCUUUGCCGUCAUUGGGAGCAACACAGUGGUGGAGGCGAAUGGCCGGCGAUUUCGUGGCAGGAUCUACCCCUGGGGCGUCGUGGAUGUGGAGAACCCGGCUCACUGCGACUUUGUCAAGCUGCGCACCAUGCUGAUACGGACCCACAUGCAGGACCUGAAAGACGUGACGCGGGAGACGCAUUACGAGAACUACCGGGCCCAGUGCAUCCAAAGUAUGACCCGGAUGGUGGUCAAGGAGCGGAACCGCAACAAACUAACCCGAGAAAGCGGGACAGAUUUCCCCAUCCCCACCAUUCCCACAACACCCGACGUGGAGGCAGAGAAGCUGAUCCGGGAGAAGGAUGAAGAGUUGCGUCGAAUGCAGGAAAUGCUGGAGAAAAUCCAGCAGCAACUGGGGGACUAGGCCCGCCAGCCCCUCCUGCUCCCUCCAGGGACACAAAACGUUUACAUCUCAUCCGAGCCCGUUGUCACCGCCGCCGCCAGUCCCAGCGCUUGGUCCCGAUUCUGCACCGUCCACCUUAAGCCGCCGAUGGUCUCUAAGUUGGACACACUCACACACACGUCGCUGCAUCAAUCGCCUUAUAACCAAAGGUUGCCACGUGCCACGCUUCUCUGCCGUUCUCUGGAGAACGGUUCCUCAAGGCGCCAAGGAUUUUUCUUUGCAAAACGCCUCUGCUCUCUUACCCUGCAUGUGAGAGACCUCUGCCCCGCUCCCCGCGCUGAUCACCGUUGCUCUGAAGAUGGCUUCUGGUGGGUGCCUGAAAACCAGUUCAGUCGUGCGCAGAAGGGAUCCGUGGUGAGUUUUAACAGACUUGGUGGAGAAGAGAAACAGCCAGGGCCGGCCCUACCGGGAGGCAGAGGGGAACAUUUAUCUUAGGAGGAAAGGAAGGGGUGGCUGGCCAAGGUGAGUGGAAGCAAAUGGAUCGCACAAAGAAUGGGCGCUGGGUGUGUGCGGGUCGCCAUCAGAGGAUCCAGAGAGACGGGGCGAGCAAACCCCUUGUCGUCCCGGCGUUCGCAUGCUGAGUCGGGCCUUGGUGGAGCUCCUGAGACAAACCAGUAUGUAUCAACCACCUCGUCUUUGCUGCUACACUGCCUCAGGCUAUGGAAGCUCCAUUUGUGGCUCACAGCCGUGGGCGAUGGUCGUUGAUCGAUGCCUGCUAAUUGAACUGGACUGUUCUGAGUUGCACGUGUCUGGAAAAUGUCCUCCCGAGGGUGGCCGUGAAUGCAAAGCCAGGAAGAUUAGCCGCCAAGAGUGGUCGCAAUUGACCAGAUAGGUGGGGUAUAAAUGGAAUAAAUAAAUAAAUAAAUAAAGAUUCUGAGCUUGGAAACCUGAAAGCCUUCCUCUCGAUCAUCUUCAAUUAGACAUCACCUGCAAAAGCCUCUUUGGGGAUCCGAGUGGCGCCCAGGAAAGUUAGUUUUUCUUGGACUACAGCAGAAUGGCGUGAUUCUGGGAAUGACCACCCCAAAUUAGCUUUUUUCCCCCUGGUUUCUGAGAAGGCGUUCGGGCGUGCUUAGAAACCAUGAAUCCCCAGAAUUUUAACCCAAUCCCAGCCCCCAACCUUCCCCCCCCCACAGCAUCAAACCACCAAAUGCAUAAAGUAGAGUUGCCAGCUGAUCAGAAAAACGCCUGCCUAUCUUGCUUCUCUGCUUUUAGCAGCACUUUGAUUUUCACAAACCAGCAAAUGAUGCUUUUCAUUGCAUGGAGAGAAAAAUUCCUACCGCCCCCUGUUUCUGCAGAUGAUAUGGCUGUGAACGUCCAACAGCUAAUACAGUGGUGCCUCGCAAGACGAGCGCUUUGCGAUGAUCGGUUCCCUGUUUUGCUA